AAUCUACGCGGUCGCGUUGAGGUCGACUACAAAUCAUGGCGAUAGGAACACAAGACACAAAAAGAUGGACACAUUUUCAUUCCGCAUUGCAGCUGGCAAUAAACAGAGCGGCGCACAAGUGGACAUACGAGGAUUUCCAGGAGUGCUUCGCGCUGUGGUGCAAAGAAGAGCCACAUGGCGCGGAGGGAAUAUUUAACACCAUAUCCCGGCACAUGGAAGACCAAGUGCAUGCAAGCUGUGAACGGUUGUUCAAGGAUUACAACGUCAGAGAGAACAUCAACACGCUACACGCAGUAGUCACAGAGGCACGAGCCAGAAAACAACGUGGAGAAGUCGACAGGAAGGAUUUAUGGAAAGAAGAUUUGGAUCCUCGGGCUGCAGUACGUGCCCGCACGGUUCCGGUAUUGCAGGCAGAAAGAGAAAGACUGAAAGAGACACUGCACAAGCUCGAGGAAGAGAACAUUGCCCUAUAUGAGGAGACUAUGAAGUAUGCACAGAGCGAUCGCGAAGCUAAGGAACGAAUACGAGAACUAUUGAAGCACGCGGACGAGGUUUACUCCAGAUGGAAUAAGAUUCCCCACGAUGAGAUAGGGUUAUGGAGUCUGCAGGUGGCGGAGAACUUAGCGACUAAUCGACCUCCCUAGUGGUAUAAUUGAAGUAUCUCUAUAUAUUGUAUUCCCAGCAACUGGCGG